AUGCCACUGAACCACUUGCAUAAUGAUGCCGAGGAUUUUCUGUGGCAGGAGUCAUCACAGCUGAAGGAAUAUAACUCGCACUUGGAGCAUCAGUUCAUGACGCAGAGCCGCAUAGUGGAGGCAAUGAAAAGAAAGCUCGCUGAACAGAAAGUUUUCGCUGAUCUUAUUCACAAGCUGGCUGAAAUAAAUGAGGCGGAGGUGAUUCAAGAACAUUUGGAAAACUACAUCGACUCGGCGGAGAGCGAGACUAAAAUAUUGGCAGAGAACUUCUCACGGAUUAUUCAAAAUGCUUCUCAACUGUGUACAGUUUCUCCCGAACUCUUCAAACUAUGGUGA